CGUAUGCAUGGUCGACUGUAGUUGCAUCCACGUUGACUACAUCAAUCCAUUCUUCAUUAGGAAGUCCUGAAAAUGUCACUGGAUGUGUACUUCUUCUUUUGAUAAGUAAAUUGAACUACUUUAAAUAUUAUGCAAUGUAUCUUUAGAGAAUUAACUAAUUUUGAUUUUUUAUUUUAUAGUACUGGUUAUGCGAGCAUACUACCCUCAUUCAACCUCAAGGAAAAAAUUUGUGUCCAAGGCUCCUUCGAUGGGACUUAUCAACAUUGAGGAAAAAGCUAAUGAAGAGGUCAUUGCAAACACUAAAGCCCGAAGAGGUAAAUCACAAUGAACUGAAGCCCAUUUCCAGAGAAGAAAUGGCCCUCAUUUGCAAUGAUGAUGAAGAAGAUGCAUUGGAAAUAGAGGAAAAUUUGGAGACUGAAGAAGAUGCAUUGGACAUGGAGAAAAUUUUGGAGACUAAAGAAGAUGCAUUGGACAUGGAGGAAAAUUUGGAGACUGAAGAAGAUGAAGAUCAUGUAGCUGAAGCUUUAGGAGAUGAUCAACCUUUGAAGGACUUCAUUGAUCUUCAAAAAGAAAACAAAAGGCUGAAAAGUGAGAAUAUGGCGUUGGUUGAAGAACUGAAGAAAAUGAGGGAAACAAUGCAAAAAAUAGAAGAGGAUCAAGAGGCAAAAACAAAAGAAACGAUGGAAAAGAUGAGCAACACAGAGAAAGAAAUGGAGAAACUGAGAAAGGAGAUUGAAGUACUCGAAUCUGAAAAUAAACAAUUGGUUGAAUAG